AUGUCUAAUGUGUAUUAUGAAGGCCUCUUGUCGGAGGUUUUGGUCGAGUUGAGAGAUUUGCUGGUGGUGGGAGAGAAUAAACUGGCAAACAAGGCCAAUCUCCCGAAAAAUAUAUUGGAGCAACAGGCUCUAUUUAAUCAACAUUAUCAAUCGUUAUAUGUAAAAUAUGUAAAUCUAUACAACAAGAUGGAGAUGUGUUACGAUCAAAUGCUUCAACCUCAAAAAAGAGAAGAUCUCAAAGUAAUUCUUGAAAAUGUUAUUGGUAGAAUUUUGGAAAUUAAAUCAAUAAUCAUAAAAUUGAUGGGGGAGUUUCCUGAAUUUGAUGAAAUUCUAAUCGACUUGAAACUGGAUCCGAAUGAGCUCGAAAUUAGAAUUCCUCGAUUUUUACAUGAAGACAAUGAAAAAGAAAUUAGGAGAAGGGAAAUUCUACUGGACGUUUUGAGAAAGAGACCAAGCCCUAACGGCGACUUUCUUGCCAGAACUGACCCCAGCGCUUCUCAGAACACCCAAAAAAAUAACACGCUCACCAUCAACCAAGCCAUUCUCAUCAUCCAAACCAAUGAACGAGGCCGGCAAGGAAGAAAUAUUGCUCGAAUUAAACUCGAACAAAAAUUGGGAGAAGAACGAAAAAAGACCAAAAAAGAUGAGGACAUGGACUCCAUCAUGGAUGAAGCGGCCAUAAAAAUUCAAAAAGUAUUCCGAGGUUUCUAUUGGAGAAAACGAAUCGACCGAGAGAAGAGAGAGGAAGCAAAGUUUCUUGGCAUGUCUUUAGAAGGAGCAAAAAAACAACAACAGAAAAAAGAGGUUCAAAAAGAAGAACCAGCUGCUCAAGAAGACACACCUGUCAAAAUUAAAGAAAUGGAUCAUUUGGGAAGAGCCAAACGAAAGAUUAAGCAAGCAGAAAACAAGAGAGAUUUGGAAGAGCAGAGAAUUAAAAUGCGAUCUGCAAUUUUGGAGGAAGAAGGACCGCAAAUGAUAGAAGACAUGCAUGACGCUCUCAUGGAACAAAUUCUAUUGUAUAGACAAGAAGGUGACGGUGGAAUUCCAAGGUUUCCUUCAGAGUCUGAUGGUGGCUCGAAAGCCUUCAUGCAAAACAUUAUUAAGGCCACAGAAGAACAGAAAAAGCUGUUGGCAGAACAAAAGAAGGAAGCCCUAGCUCCACCAAGUAAGAAUAAGAAGGGAGGAAGCGCUCCAGCCUCAUCCACAAAAAAACCUCCUGCAAAAGGAGGCAAGGACCAGCCUCAAGCAGAAGCUACUCCCACCAUGAAAGACGAAUCAAAAUUCAUCCCUACCAUUUCCGUACUACUCAAGCAGUUGGUCGAAAAGUGGAGAGAUCGAGUGAGCUCGCUGGACUUUGAUCAAAAGUUUGACAAGUCAUUAUUGCGAAAGGAACUCAUGGAAGGUGACAAGGGUAUUGAAGAAGAAAUUCGCAAAAAAGUUGACAAUCAAAUUCGAGAAGAGCUCGAUAACUUGAGAUUGCAACUCGAAAGUGAAAACCCUCCAAAAAAGCCUGCAAAGCCUGAAAAGCCUCCUGCCAAACCAAAGGAAGAAGUGAAAAUGCCAUCCUCUGAAGCAUUCUUUUCAGAUUUGGCGUCCAUGGGUAUUAUCACCAAAGUUCCUCCUCUAACUUUGGAUUCUUUCUUGGGUGAACCUCGACUUAUUGGUUCCAUUCUAGAGUGGGAAGAGCCAUCCCUCGCACAAAUCCGAAAUGUAUGCCAAGAAAUAAUUCUCUACAUGUCCACGCCUACAGUUCACAAAGAAGCACCCCCUUUACGAUCCAUUCUCUUCUACGGCCAUAAGGGCACAGGCAAGACCCAUCUCGCACACGCUAUUAGUCAUGAAUUGGGAGCUGUAUUCUUUGAUUUAUCUCCUGCCGUCACUCAAAAUAUUUGUACAGAGCAAAGCGAGGCAACCACCAUGAUUGGAAAAUUAUUUCGUGUCGCCAAGGACAUGCAACCUGCAGUAAUUUAUAUUGACGAUUUUGAUACCAUCAUUAAGGGUAAGGGAAAGGGCAAGACAAAGGCCAACAUGAAACGUUUGAGAAAACCACUCCUCACCCAAAUGAAGGCCAUGACACCUGACGACCGAAUUUUAAUCAUUGCCAACAUGAACGAGCCUUGGGACGCAGACACAGCUCUCUUUGGUGACUUUUUCGAUCGCAUGGUUUACACAACUCUUCCAGAUUAUUCUUCAUGCAGAGUCCUAUGGAGAACCUUGUUAGAGAAGGCCAUUUCUCGUCCCUUAAGUGAAGAAUUUGAUUUGCACACUCUGGCUCAUAUUUCAACCAACUACACUGUUGCAAGCAUCAAACUGAUCAUUGAGAGCGUAAUCAAUGAAAGAAGAAUUGCCAAACUUGACACAAAACCACUUCAAGUGGACGAAUUUGUUGUACCCUUGUCAAAAAUCGAUCCAAUCUAUCAACAAGACGACUUGAAGAUGAAGCAAUUCACUCAAAAGCUUCCUCAGAAAUACCGAAAGAAAACAAAAGAAGAAAAAGACAAGGAAAGACAAGAUCUUGAAGCGAAAAUGGCAGAAGAAAAGAACAAGAAUAAAAAGAAGAAGUAA